AUGGGCUAUGAGGGUAUGCCGAAAAUUCUGCUCGACAAAGCCCAGGAAGCUGGUCUCGGCUCCGGCGGCUACCCUACUCCAUUGAUCGCAGCAAUCCGAAGCGGGCACUGGACGCAGUCGGCCUCCUACAGAAUACCAGAGUCUAUUCCAACGCAAUAGACAUGUCACUUUACUGGACACUCCACCACAUGGAACUAAUGCACAGGGCGGUGGGGGUGGGCCGCAAGGGAAGAAACUUCGGAGGCAUAGGGAUCCGAGUGCCAACAUGUAUGGUGCUGUGAGCAGAAAGCGGCUACAGACCACUCCUACCCUAGAGCAGUUGGAGAAUAUAGCCGGAAUCCUGCUAAAGAUGCCCGCGUGA